AUGGCGUCCACGACACAAUCCUGGGCGGCCGCAACGCAGUCUUGGGCGUCCUGGCUGCUAGACUCUUAUGCCUCGUCCGUCUCGCCUCUGGCCACGGACACGUCGUUUCACCACCACGAGGACUCCCAUUCCGUCUCCGAGUCGUCCUACCACGAAAGCCACUCUUCCGUGUCGUCUAUAUCGCUGUCCUCGGCCUAUGGACCUUACGUGAAAUCCGGGCGCGGUGGUGCCGGCAAUUUCACCUGGGAGACGGAUCUCCAGCUUGCCCCACGAUCUAGCUCUCCAGUCGACCUCGAAGCAAACAUACCGCAGAGACAGACAUCUCUAGCUGAACGUCGCAAAGCAGCGGCCCGGCUUGAGCACAUCAACACCCAGGAAACGAUGCGCCUGCGCCAGAGCUCCGCGCAGUAUCGGGGUCUUGGUCGCGGCGGUGCCGGAAACUACGCUUCCACCGACACGCUACCCAUCCAGCGAAGUGUCACCCUCCCCGCGACUUUGAUAUCGUCGAGCACGCCGAAGCCGCCUAGUCCGAAACAUCAGAAUUUACACCCUAGUGUGCAUCCGGGACGAGGUGGUGCCGGCAAUUAUGCUGCCGCAGCUGAGCUGAGUGGCCGAGCCGAGACCGGCAAGGAACAAGAGGAGAGACAUGCCGCCGAGCAGAGACGGGAACAAAUUGUCGAAGAGGUGGACGGGAUAAUUCAACCUCCCCCAGGCGCGUGGCUCGGUGGAAGGAGGAAAAGUGAAUCCAUGUACGACCAGGUGUGA